CAACUUGAAUUCAGUACUUUUGACUGAAACCUGCCAUCAACACAGAACCACUAAUCACUAUGCCCAAGGGUACGACUCCGAAAAAUACGGCAGCUAGGCCGCCAUACAAGGUAAAGUCUGCUGGUACGAAAACAGGUAUCCUCCCCGACAGUUCAGAAGAUUCCACCCCAACUCCUCAGGCUCUCCAGGCCAGUACUAUGACUGAGGAGCAACCUGCAGAAUCGAUAAUUAAAAUCUCCCGACAGGAGUCAGUCGAGAAGGAUAUUCCGGGGAAAGUGGGGGACGAGCUACUUCCCAAAGCUGCAUCCAAGGGUGACGCAGGUGCUAGUGCCCCCACGAAACAAACGCCGGAAGGAAAGGAGCCCUUGCAGGGAGCGGAGACGAUGCCCGCUAGGGCCACCGAAAGGGGUUCCGGGCAAUCUCAACCUGAAGUUUGUGAACAAAGUUGCGGAAUUACCAAUACAUGUGAUUGUGAUGGAUGGGUGCCUGACGAACGGUUCGAACAAUGGGUGGUUGGAGAAGUUGAAGCGAGAGCAGCUGAAGCUGGCAUGUCGACUGGUGAUUGGAUUGCCAGUGAAUGUGGUGACUAUGACUGGUACCCCUAUGAAGAGGGAGCGUUCGAUGGCAUGGCGAAGGACGAUGCUGAUGCAAAGAUGGCUCAGAUCUUCCGUUCGUAUGGACAGUGAGCAUGCUAGCAUAGGCCUCACACAAACAGAACCGAUCAACUUGAAGUUAUGAGCAAAACAGCAUGUAUAUGUUCGAU